GCACAUUGCUUCUUUGAUUAACUUUGUGACACACAAGUUUAUUUGUAAAAUGAGGGUUUAAUAUUAUUUUUUAACUAUAAACCCUCUGAUGUUUUUCCCAGACUUCUUCACAGCACUCGUAAAAACAGUCCAAAGGCUCACAGUUUCACUCUUUCAGUUCAUCAGGUUUCUGCUCAUGUGAGCCAUAACAACCUGCAAUAAGACAUAAUCGAGACGUUACACGUUAAGAAAUAUAAAGACAGAGUGGUGAGGCUCGGCGAGUAAAGAAGCACCCAUUUGCCAAUAAAAGUCUUGUGUUCCAAUGACAUAAAGAUCUCUAUAUAUUAACCACAGCCAUCAUGCAACACCUGCUGUACGUGACGGGAGAGGACAAAGUUUGAGGAACGGCAACGUUUUUAUGCAGAUGAAGAUAAGCUGCAGAAAAGUGUUGUUUCUGGAAAGUUUGAUUGCAUACAGGAUGCUUGGUACUUUUAUUGUUUUUUAUCAUUCUUAAUUUACAGCAGUAGAAUAUCUCUGCUAUUUUUGCUCUUUAUUCAAUAUGUCAUUAAAACUGAAGCUGAAAAUGUUUGGGUUCCUCCUGAAGCCUUCUGGGCUACAUGACCGUGUGUGGUAUGCUCCUUGGUUGAUCCUCAUACUCUGGCUCCCUUUUGAUAUAUUGAGCAACAUUUAUGGCCUGUAGGAUUAAGUGUGCAUUGUUGCAUUUCUAGGUUAUGUCUGUGUGGCAUUUUGAACUGCUGACCUGACCAAAGUUCUGUUCCUACAAUCCCAGACAGCUUUAAGGGAGGUCAGAAAGCGGUGCAUUCUUCUAUUAUUAUUCCAAUAUUCCAUUUUCAUACAUUUUAUAAUAGAACAUUUACUGAUAUUUACUUUUUUUAAGGGAUAAUUAAUACAUUAAAAACAUCUAAACAUUACAAAUGUAACAAAACAUAUAUAUGUGUUUAAAUCCACUCUUUUCUAUUAUUGUUGGCAGUGCUAGCAGGUAAACGCUCCUCUUUUAAUAAGCCAAAGCAUUGAGUCAGUCCCCGACAGACUCUCUCUGUUAGCCCGGGUCCCUCCUUCAGCUCCACAAAACUGGAGGGUAGGAGUAAGUGGAAAGCAAAGGUGGAGUCAGAAUGUCAAAAGGCUCUCUGUCGAAGCGUUGGCCUGCAGCCACGCAGCAGCAGAGACGUGUCAGCCCAGGUAAGCCAGGCCUCGAUUCCUCCGCAGAAACUCUUCAAGUCAUCUCCUUCAGAGCUGUAAACGUUAGAUCACAUCACGUCUGAGCGUUACAGGAGGACUUUAGGCCGGAUUGUGAAGAUAGAAGGAGGACUUUGGCUCAGGAGCUGCCAUAUAAAGAAGGGUGGCGGAACAGAAGCUGUUUAGUCUGACAGUGAGAGAGAGUGGAGCCAUGGCCAUGUGGACGACCGUGGGAACUCUGCUGGUGUUAACACAUAUGGUGCUGAGCCAAAGCACCAUCAGGUGGUGCACCAUCUCAGAACCAGAGCAGAGGAAGUGUCAGGCCAUGUCGCAGGCGUUCUCCGGAGUCUCCAUCCGGCCCUCUCUGAGCUGCGUCAGCGGACCCACCAUCGAGGGAUGCAUCCAGAAACUCCAGGAUAAAACGGUGGAUGCCUUGUCCAUGUCUGGCUCUGACAUCUACAAUGCAAAAAAAACUGCCUCCUUCAAGAUUGCUGCAAGUGAAUCAAUGAAUGGAGAAACUGCCAGCUACUACGCUGUGGCUGUGGUGAAAAAGUCCAACUCUGACAUCAACAUCAACAACUUAGCAGGAAAGCGGAGCUGCCACACGGGUAAAGACCGAACUGCAGGCUGGAAAAUGCCUGUAGGAUACCUCAUGGACCGGGGCUACAUGUCUGUGAUGGGCUGCAACAUCCCACAGGGAGUGGCCGACUUCUUCAAUGCAAGCUGCAUUCCUGGUGCUAAUGAGCCCGGCGACCCUCCUUCUCUGUGUCAGCUCUGCAAAGGAGACGCAAGCGGACAGCACAAAUGUGAGAUGAGCACCGAUGAGCAGUACUACAGCUAUGAAGGAGCCUUCAGGUGUUUGGUUGAAGAUGCAGGACAGGUGGCCUUCAUCAAACACACAACUGUUGGAGAAAACACAGAUGGUAAUGGUCCAGACUGGGCCAAUACACUGAUCUCCACGGAUUAUGAGCUGCUGUGUCAGGAUGGCACCAGAGCUGCUGUCUCGCAGUGGAAAAGAUGUCACCUGGUCCGCAUCCCGUUUCGCGCCGUCGUGGUCAACAGUGGCAUCACUCCUUCAGUGGUGUUCAGCAUGCUGCAGGAAGGUCUGGAAAAGUCCGGCUUCAAGAUGUUCUCAUCUUCAGAUUAUGGAGGAGGAGCGGUCCUGUUCUCCGAUCUGACCACCACGUUUGAGCAUGUGACGUCAGAGGAGCCAGCGACGUGGAUGGGCGAUGACUAUUAUGACGCCAUGAAAGCCACAGACUGCAAACCAGCAGACAUCCCUGCCGCCCUGCGAUGGUGUGUGCUGUCCAGCGGCGAGCAACAGAAAUGUGCAGACAUGGCUGUGGCCUUCCAGCAAAAAAGUCUGACUCCUAACAUCAACUGCAUCCAUGGGGACUCUGUGACUGAUUGCAUGGAGAAAAUCAAGAAAGGGGAGGCCGAUGCCGUCACUCUGGAUGGAGGUUACAUCUACACAGCAGGAAAAGACUUUGGUUUGGUCCCCGCCGCUGCUGAGAGCUACACAGAUGACAGUGACGGGGCCACGUACUACGCCGUGGCGGUGGUGAAAACGAGCAGCACUGACAUCCGUAACCUGGAUGACCUGCGUGACCGGCGCUCCUGUCACACUGGAUUUGAACGCACGGCGGGCUGGAACAUCCCCGUGUCCACGCUGAUGGAGAGAGGCCUGAUCAGACCUGAGCAGUGCAAGAUACCACAGGCUGUGGGAGAGUUCUUCAAGCAGAGCUGUGUUCCUGGUGCCAAUCAACGGGGUUUACCCAGCAACCUGUGUGAUCUGUGUGUGGGCGACAGCUCAGGACAGAACAAGUGUGAGAAGGGGAAAGACCUGUUCGAUGGAUAUGAUGGAGCGUUCAGGUGUCUGGCUGUAGGGAAUGGGGAUGUUGCCUUUAUCAAGCACACCACAAUCUUCCAAAACACUGAUGGUCAGUCAUCUGAAUCGUGGGCCUCAACUCUCCAAUCCAAAGACUUCCAGCUGCUCUGUCCUGAGGGAACUAAAGCUUCUGCCUCACAGUACAGAUACUGCAACCUGGCGCGAGUUCCUUCUCAUGCGGUGAUGGUUCGACCAGACACCAACAUCCAUGCUGUCUAUGGUCUCCUAGAGCAUGCACAGAAAUACUUCAGCAGUGACACAGGUUCUGGAUUCCGGAUGUUCGACUCCCAGGCGUACAGCGGCACAGAUCUCAUUUUCAAGGACUCCACUGUUCGCAUCAUCGCUGUUGGUGAGCGAAAGACCUACGAGGAGUGGCUGGGUCAGGGAUACUUGGACUCCCUCGUUGAUUUGAAGUGCGGCUCAUCCACCAUUGUGGCGUCGUCUGCGUGGCUGAUGCUGCUGACCAUCCUUGGCGUCACGCUGACCAACAUCUGGAUGUAAACACCGCUCGUCCAGCUCUACUUUCUUCCUUCUCUCUGUGAUUCCUGUUUCUCCACUCUUCUUUUUUCUAUCACUAACACUAAUCUUGAGGUUGUAACUGUCCUGAUUUCUGUUUGCUCCAAUCAAUCUCUGUAGCAUCAGGUCAGUUUCUGGGAACCUUCCGUCAAUUCUGCACUACUACUACCUUUUAUUGGCUUUAGACAUGAGAGGACGACAUGUUGGAGCUCCCUGUGGAUUGGGAAAAUGUUAUUGUUGGAGCGCAGCACACUUUUAUGGCAGAGAAAUGUCAACUCAUUUCAGCUAUAAUAGGGGAUUUAGGCACUUUUUGGGUGAGCUGCCAUAUCAGUGCGUAUGCUGUCACCUGUUACAUUUUAUGCCAUACUGUUUAAAAAGACAGAAAAAGCAAGAAAGAGAGCAAUAUUUUGAAUUUAACUCACUGAGACGUUACCUUCAAGUGCAGCACAGGGACAAACCGUCUUUUGUUCUGCCUAUUACUGUGUGAAACAAAUGCAAAUAUUUUUUUUUAAUCGUCUGUGGCUUUGUACACCAAAAUUUUAUAUUUGUAAAAAUUCAAGAGUUAUUUUCUUCAAAUUCUAUACUGGCUGAAUGACUGCUUCACUAUAGGCUGUCUGCUUCAUGCGUUCUCCUUAAAUUCUCAGAAAAAAAAAAGAUGCAAAUAUUUGUCAAGCCCCUAAUAUUGAAAUUAUGUUUUGCCAUUUCUUUCUAAUUUGUUAAUUAAUGCAAAAAAUGACGUUGCACCGAAAUGGGCCAAACCACGUUUGGUUCCCUCACAUUUGAGGAAAGCAUGAAGGAUGCAAACUGAGGUUAAUGCAGCAAUUCAGUUCAAAUUCAAUUGAAUUCAUUUAUUCUUUGCUUGAAGAAAAUUCAUUUUCUUUUUAUUUAGAAAUGGACUUACAUAAUUUUAGGGAAGCACAAGACUUUCAGGUUCUCAGACUUCUGAGCUACACAUGCUCCUUGAUGCUGUUAUAAAAUGUUGAUUCAAAAUGUUAUUUUUUCCAGUGAUGAGAGAUUUAUUUUUAUAUGAAGUUCAGGUGCCAUAUCAGUGUAUAUGUACUGACUCAUGCUGUCAGAGUAAUGCCUUCUCUUUCUUCUGAUAGAGAUUUAUUUCUAUGUGAAAUGAUGUAUCUUGUGACUAAUAUUUAGUUGCCAGGCCAGUGCGUCUGCAUAAGUAUUGCUACAUAAAGCUGUCUGUCUACACAAUACAAUAAAGCAAUGUGCAACAAAGAUACCCUC